CAGCGGUGGCGGCGGUGGCAGCGGCAGCGGGUUACAGAGGGAGCGAGAUGGCCUGCAGGGCAGGGGCCGGGCUCCUGCUGUGUGGGGUCGCAGUGGUCUUCCUGGUGUUGCUGCAGGGCACACAGUCAGUCUACAUCCAGUACCAAGGCUUCCAGGUCCAGCUGAAAUCAGUGAAGAUGCUGAGCGAACUGGAGGGGCAGGGGAUGCCCAGCCCCCGCCUGCAAGCCCAGAGCUUCCAGCCUUCCGUGUGCCACCACCCGGCCCUGCCACUGGAUCUCCAGCCCAUCUGCGCCUCGGGGGAUGCAGCCAGCAUCUUCCAGGCCUUGAGGACCAUGGCUGGUGAUGACUGUGAGCUGUGUGUGAAUGUCGCCUGUACCGGCUGCGGCUGAGAGGACCCGGGCACCCUGAGCCAACCCUGGACACCUUGUCCCCCAGUCCUCUGCCUUCACAGCCUCCUGCCCCGACCCAGGCUCAGAGGGUCCCCGCCACCUCAGUCAUCGCCCCCUCCCAGGGCCCGAGCAGCUGGAUCAGGCGCAAAGCAGUUGGACCCACAAUCAGAGAAGAAUUUGGCCCCUGAGGCAGCCCUGCUGCUGAAUAAAUAUUCCCUACCUACA